UCAAGAUGGCGAUAUACAAGAUGACGGGGAGCGGCAGCAGAAACGUCUACCUUCUUUUUUUUAUUCUACUCCGGCUAUUUACCAACGUUUGUGUGGCGGUUCCGGUGCAUGGCGAUGCCAAGAGCGCAGCGAUGGGCAAAUCUCCAAGUACUUCUGCAGCCCCUGUAGAUGAGGUAACCACACUGCUCCCAAUUAAGGGUACAACAUCAGCAGAACAAAGCAAAUCUGGAGAUCCAUCAGCCACGGACCCAACCAUUGCAGUCCUGCAGACAAAUGACCCUACAGGGAAGAAGAGGCUCACGGCACCUGUUCAGAAUCCUGCUUUGUCAUCAAAUGGAAAUGAUCCUCUUACAGUAACCCCUGAGAAAGACUCCAAACCGGGCGUUGUUAUUCAAACACUCAAUGGCUCCACUGUUGUCAUUGGUACAUCAGCUCCUUCCCAGAUGGAAACGGCUAAGAAAAAUGAGAGCGGGGUAUCAAACAUUAAAAGCCAAUUCGCUAGUGUUGAGCCGAUGAACAUGCUCCCUGGCAAUACCAACAGUUUAGCAACCUCUACAGAGUCUGCAGCCAACACAAACCCUUCUGCCACUGCAACCACUGUGAAAGCCCCAGAACCUACCAAACCUGACCAGGGAGAGCAAACGAUGCCAAUUUCUGACUUCAACACCAACCCACAGAACCUAUACCCCAAUCAGGACACCGCUCCCCAACUUCCUGAGGCUACCAACAUGCCGUUGGAACGUCAUAUCGGCUUAGACGACUACGCCAGCGACAUAGAGGAAGAUGAUGAAGAAGACAACAACGAUGGAGACGAUGAAAGCUACGACAGCCUCGAUGGUAACUUUGCAAAUACAGAUGAUAUUGGUGAUGGUGGCGAGUUUAACUUGGAUCCGAUCCGGAACGACCUGAGCAAAGAUCUGGCAGCCAUCAGCCAGCAGGAUACCGGAAGGAUGGAGGUGACACAGUAUAAAGCUUCUGAUGUCUACAACAUGGAGGAUGAGGACUCACACUUCUUCUUUCAUCUUGUUGUCCUGGCUUUCUUGGUGGCCAUAGUCUACAUUACCUACCACAACAAGAGGAAGAUCUUCCUCUUGGUUCAGAGUCGUCGCUGGAGAGAGAGUCUCUGCUCCCGAAACACUGUGGAGUACCACCGCCUGGACCAAAAUGUCAACGAGGCCAUGCCUUCGCUCAAGAUGACGCGAGACUACAUUUUUUGAUCAAUGCUUAAGAUAAUCUACACAUACAGACUAAACAGAGCCGGGUAGCCUUCCUUUCUGUCAGUUUUAUUUUGUUGAGAUGCUUUGCUUUGGCUUGAAGUUUGAUUUUACACCUCUGCUUGUCGUAAAGGCAAACUUGGAGCUGAAAUGUUGAUGGGGUGAAUUUUGUUUUUCUUAAAAAGAUAUUUGUUCUUUUUGGUCCAUGUUGUAUGGAAAUGGUUUUCUUUUUUUACGCUUUUGUUGCUACAGUGCGUUAUACAAUUUUUGUAAUGCUCUUCUUUGUCAUAAUUGUUAUCUAUGAGAGAAAUAUUUCUAAAUUAAUGAUUUAUGAUAUAAUAUAUUGAUUUGUGUCUUAAUGGGUUUCCGCCUUAUGGUCCUUAUUCACAUCUGUUGUUUUUGCACACUUGAUCGUAUUGUGCCCAAUGCUCACUUUAAAAAUAGGAACAAUUUCAUGUGAAUAUAACUUAGAGAUAUAACACUUACACAGUUUGUAAUGUACCCCAAGCUUAAUACACUGCUCUCUGUGGCAGUUAAUCAACAUAUGAAAAUAUGCACAAAGCAUUUGCUUCAUACAGCAAUUAAAGAUUGCUUACUUUUGUAUGGUUUGCAUUUAAGUCCAGGAAUGCAUUUAAAGUAGCAAUCCAGAGACGGCCGACGCCUGUGCAGUCACCCCAAGAACUAUUCACCGUCCUUGAUUUUUAGCUCAUUGAAUUGUGCUACAAAGUGAGUCAUGAUGCAGUUAAGGUUGUCCAAAAUUCUGAAAAAUACAGAAUCCCAUUCAUAUAUAUCUCUAUCUAUAUCUAUCUAUCUAUAUAUCUAUCUAUAUAUCUAUAUAUAUAUAUAUAUAUAUAUAUAUAUAUAUAUAUAUAUAUAUAUAAAUGAAGGGCUCAAGCUGAAAACUUAAAAAGGUGUAUGUAAAGAGCACUAAUUCACGUUUUGUUCGAAUAUGUCAUGUCAUGUUGCCCAUUCUUCAUCUUUGCACAAAUUUAGGUCUUUUUUUCCCAUUGCUAUUGAAAACUAGUUUAAGAGUAAAUAUUCGCUCAAACCCAAAACUGUAUAUGUUAGACUUCAAGUCUUGGGGAUCCAGGAUGGGAAACCAGGAGUAAAAGUCUGCCUGAUAUGAUGUGUAGCUCAAAAGAAAUUGUUUGAUCACACUCUCGUCUAUAAAUUUCCAGUUCUGUCCCUGCCAUCAGACAUUUUGCUAAAUUGCUAGAAUUUAAUCAAUAUUUUGUGGCGAUCUUAAAUAGAACAAGAUUUACUAUGGAAACAACAGAGCAAGUGUAAAGUCAAGGAGGAUGAAUACUUUUGAUUCUCUGGUGAAAUAAAAGCCAUGGCCUUUUAAGUGGAGACGGAUAAAUUGACAUGGUUAGAGCUCGCAAACCUAACAUUGUUUUGGAAGAAGGUUCAGAUGCCAGAAUUUUUACCUUGGUCCUUCACAUAUAAUUUUGAUGUUUCUAACACUGUAGCCCGCCCCCCACACACACACACCUCCCAUCACUGCCCAGAUUUUGCUAUGCACAAGUCCCAGGGCUGGCCCUCUUUGUUUUAUGACUUCGAUGAAGUCUUUAGCCAUCGUGUAUGGUCUUCACUGGUACAGGUUUAAGGCUAUGACUCCUGUCCUUGAGAUUUUUUUUUUCCUUUUCUAUACAAUCACCCAGUUACCUUCUGUCAGUAUAGACUCUGGGCACACUGUUGUCUGCUCAAUGGAAAUUUUGCACUCUCAAUGUGGCCUAACAUGCACAUAAUCACUGAAAUCUAUACUGUAUCAUUGUCAUUCAUUUGUAGCUCUCUGUUCUACUUGGGAAAGACAAGUUUACCUCUCCUCAUUAGUCACAACUGUUCAUUUUCUUUUCCAUUAUGGUAUCAUGUGUUCCCUUGUAAUGCCAUCAAUGAAAGGAAUCUAUAAUCUUAUCCAUCCCAUGCAGUUCUCAUCUGGUCUUGUCCAGGUACAAAGUGAACAGUGUGUUGACAGCUCAUUCGUCUCCAGCCGUGAGACACAGAGAGCCAUUUGCUUGCAGGUGUUUCUCCUCCAACCAAACACUCAGCUGGCUGAAUUUGUCAUGUUUUGUUGUAAUGAAAACCUGCACACAGACAGAUUGUAUGGAGGUGCGCUGUGCCAUGUAAUAAGACUAGCUAGCGUACUGUUGGAUACGUGGUGUUUUCUGCAAAGCUCUUGCGCAAGGAAACUGCUUUUGGAAUAAACGAUAUAUACAUUGUACAAUCUUUUUUUUUGUCAAUAAAGCACAAUUAUGUGUGGAGCC